AACUAGGAAGUGUACCCAAGUAAGCCUGACUUCAUCAGUGAAAGUCCUUUAAAGAAACACAUAGGCAUUCCUUGAACAACAUUUUAAACGGCAAAUGGGACUCUAAUCUUCCAGUUGCCCCCUAUUGACUUUAAACCAAAGCUUUGAUUCAUGACCACUGGGAUCCAGCCAGCGGGGGAUUUCUUUUCCUGAUGGACUGUACCCAGGAUCUCACAUUUGCUUAAGCAGCCCCCACAAUUGGGUAAGUCAAGUCUUUGCACUUAAUUCAUAUGUGAAUCUCCCUAACUAUACAUAUAUCUUAUGGGUUCUGCUUUUGUCUUUGAACCUGGACAGACCUGGGUCUGAUAGAUUUGUCUUCACUGUUUUGACAGUCUUGACCAUAAGUCUUCUGGACCAUCGGCAAAGAAUUCCUCUAUCAGAAGGUAUUUGAGUAGUCCCUUCUGAAAUCUCUUUUUUAAAAAAAUAAUUUUCAUAUAACAACAAAAAGACUUGGUAUAGAAAGAAAAAUAUAGUCCAUCUCUAUCAUUUGGAUUCUGUAUUUGUGAAUUUGCCUAUAUCCUAAAAGUUAUGUGUAAUCCCCAAAACAAUUCCCGUGGUGCACUCCUAGUCAUUGUAGGACAUCAUGCACUAUAUGGAGAAAAACGUUAAAAUAAUAACUCAUCUUUCACCCAUGAGACUGGUGAAGUUUUGUAAAUUCAAUGAGAGACCCCAGGUUAGUGGGUUUAUUUGGUUAAUCAGUGAUUUCUCUUAGAGUGGUAGAAAACAGAAAACAAAAAGGAAAGUUUUAUCUUCCAUUGGACUUCUCUGGAAAUAUCCUAUAAGUGUACUACAGCAGCAUUGAAGCUGGAUGAGGUGGUUUAUACCUGUACUCUUAGCACUUUGGAAGGCCGAGACCAGAGGACCACUUGAAGCCAGGAGUUGGAGAACAGCAUGGGCUACAGAGUCAUACACUGACUUUACCAAAAAUUUCAACAAAAAAAAUUAGCCAGGUGAUAUAGUGUGAGCCUAAAGUCUUAGCUACUUGGAAGGCUGAAGCAGGAGGAUUACUUGGAAUUCAAGGCUGCAGGGAGCUAUGAUUAUGCUACUGCACUCCAGAAGGAGACCCUUUCUCUAGAAUAAAUAAAUGUGCACUUAGAGGAAUGCCUGUAUCAUGGAAGAAACUCAAUAAACAGUAUAAAAUGCAUCUUAGUUAAUUUCUAGCCUAUGUAUGCUCUGACAGGAUUUAUGUUACAUAUGAUUCAUUCAGGCACUGGUGUUCAGAAUGAAAGUGUGAUGAUAAUUUAAUCAGAGCUGCAAAGGUGUGUUCUAAAUACUGCAUAAACCUAAUCAUCUUUGUCUCCACCUUUCUGAAUGCUCUAAAUACCCAUAAAGAGGUGGGUGUGGUCAUCACAGAUUCUUAUAAAAGGACACAGAAGAGACAAGCUCAGUUUUCUCUGAAGGAGAAGGACUGCACUUAGAACUGUAUUUUGGCGACCUCUGAAAUUCAGUACUGCAGUGAAUGAGCUUCUGACCUUGAGAAACAUGAAUUCUGGAAUCUUACAGGUCUUUCAGAGGGAACUCAUCUGCCCCAUGUGCAUGAACUACUUCGUAGACCCGGUCACCACAGACUGUGGGCACAGCUUUUGCAGGCCUUGUUUCUACCUCAACUGGCAAGACAUUCCAUUUCUUGUCCAGUGCUCUGAAUGCACAAAGUCAACAGAGCAGAUAAACCUCCAAACCGACAUUCAUUUGAAGAAGAUGGCUUCUCUUGCCAGAAAAGUCAGUCUCUGGCUAUUCCUGAGCUCUGAGGAGCAAAUGUGUGGCACUCACAGGGAGACAAAGAAGAUGUUCUGUGAAGUGGACAGGAGCCUGCUCUGUUUGCUGUGCUCCAGCUCUCAGGAGCACCGGUAUCACAGACACCGUCCCAUUGAGUGGGCUGCUGAGGAACACCGGGAGAAGCUUUUACAGAAAAUGCAGUCUUUGUGGGAAAAAGCUUGUGAAAAUCACAGAAACCUGAAUGUGGAAACCACCAGAACCAGAUGCUGGAAGGAUUAUGUGAAUUUAAGGCUAGAAGCAAUUAGAGCUGAGUAUCAGAAGAUGCCUGCAUUUCAUCAUGAAGAAGAAAAACAUAAUUUGGAGAUGCUGAAAAAGAAGGGGAAAGAAAUCUUUCAUCGACUUCAUUUAAGUAAAGCCAAAAUGGCUCAUAGGAUGGAGAUUUUAAGAGGAAUGUAUGAGGAGCUGAACGAAAUGUGCCAUAAACCAGAUGUGGAGCUACUUCAGGCUUUUGGAGACAUAUUACACAGGAGUGAGUCCGUGCUGCUGCACAUGCCCCAGCCUCUGAAUCCAGAGCUCAGUGCAGGGCCCAUCACUGGACUGAGGGACAGGCUCAACCAAUCCCGAGUGCAUAUUACUCUGCAUCAUGAAGAAGCCAACAGUGAUAUCUUUCUAUAUGAAAUUUUGAGAAGCAUGUGUAUUGGAUGUGACCAUCAAGAUGUACCCCAUUUCACUGCAACACCUAGAAGUUUUCUUGCAUGGGGUGUUCAGACUUUCACCUCCGGCAAAUAUUACUGGGAGGUCCAUGUAGGGGACUCCUGGAAUUGGGCUUUUGGUGUCUGUAAUAUGUAUUGGAAAGAGAAGAAUCAGAAUGAGAAGAUAGAUGGAGAGGAGGGACUCUUUCUUCUUGGGUGUAUUAAGAGUGACAUUCAAUCCAGUCUCUUUACCACCUCCCCACUUAUGCUGCAAUAUAUCCCAAAACCUACCACCCGAGUAGGAUUAUUCCUGGAUUGUGAGGCUAAGACUGUGAGCUUUGUUGAUGUUAAUCAAAGCUCCCUAAUAUACACCAUCCCUAAUUGCUCUUUCUCACCUCCUCUCAGGCCUAUCUUUUGCUGUAUUCACUUCUGACCAGAGACAAAUCAGAAAUGUGUUCACAUGCUGUGGGAACCCCUUUAUCCCAGGAAGUCCUCUUCCUUGUGCCUUAACAUACAGCAAAAAUAGGCUCUAUUUUAUGUCUUGAAUUGCCUUCUAAUGUUAUCAAAACUCAUUUAUUGUGUUACUAUUAAAUAUGCUGAAAACGC